AAGUUCGCAGUAUCCCCGCGGCGCUUCAACCGACAACACAUCAAUGUUAUGUGUUUGAGUGAUUCUGAUUUAUUUUAAACUAUAAAUACACUACUUAAGUAUGCAGGUCAUCACCUCGCUCAUCGCAAUACUCGCCGUCAGCUCGGCCGUCUACGUCCCUCGCAUCAUCACGGCUCCUACCACGAAGGUUGACUACCACUGCUCAACGCUGAUGCUUGGACGCAAAACAGAAGAUCAGAUUCAGUUGCCACAAAAAACUGUUGGGUCACAUGAUUACCUGUAUGUGACUGAUGGCUGCUACAAACAACAAAAGAAGUGGGUAGGCGAGAAGGUGACCGCCUGCGACUCCGUGGGUUCCUGGCCGCCCACCAUCAUUCCUUUCGGCGCUGGCAGUUUCUCCCCGCUUUACAUCAACUGCGCUCAGGAAAACCCGCAUCCGUGCUACGAGUUGAUAAUUGUUCAUGUCACGUUGUAUUGUGAGGCGAGGAGCUUGAAUGGCUUGUAAAUUUUCCGUUUUUCCGAUUCGAUUAAGGAACUGUGCUAAGGUACGAGCUGCAAAAUAGCAUGGGAAUAAUUCAUAAAGUGGACAUGCACUUUUGCAGCUGGGGGUAUAUACAUCUAAUAAAAUAAUAAAAUGUGUAAUUGUAAUUGUUCAAUUAUAUACCCUAAGACAAGUCAAAUUAAGUAUAUGAUGUUAUUGAUGUUCCAUGACAAAAAAUCGAGAUUCUAACACAACGAUUAAGAUCUUUUUUUUUUAAAGUGACUAGAUGACUAAAUGUCAGUUAUAUGAAAAAUUUGCAUCUGCAUCUCCAGCACUUUUGAAGGAUACCGCUUUUGAGGGUUAGUUUAAAUUACACUUUCCUCGACCAAACGUUAUACCUAUAAAUCUGUUUCAUAGAAUUAAAAUAAUAUGUAAUAUUUACAUAUUGUCAUACCUAUUUGACAGGUAAUUUUAUAUCAUCAAUAAAUUAUGAUUAUGAACUUUAUAUCCUGUAACAUAUUGUACUUAAAAAAAAAUCCAAAAUAAAUGUUCCAACAUG